UACAAUAAUCCCCCAACUUCAACUGACAAAACCCUCCACUAUUUAAAGCACCACACAGAUCUCCGCAGCAGCACUCCUCAAAAUGGGAUUCCUCUUCUACGCCAUCAAAUUGCCCAGAUUCAUAACCCUAUCCUUCUUCCUCAACCUAAUCUCCCACGCCCACUACCUCUUCAUCGCCGCCCUCACCCAUCUCCGCCUCUACAAGCACUCUCCGCCCCAGGAAUCGCCGGAUUCCGGCGCCGCCGCCAGCAAUUACAUCCUGAUACUCGACACCUCCUCCCCCUCUCUCGUCCCCAUCCCGGUCCACGUCGUGACGGCCGCGAUCAAGACCCGGGUCCCCGUAAUCGAGUACGAGGAACUCGCCCGCCGCGGCGGAGGCGGCGGGGGAGAGAAGGGGUGUAGUAUAUGCUUGGAGUGUAUAGAAGAGAGGGAUGAAGUCAGAGAGCUGUGCAAUUGUAGGCAUUUGUUUCAUAGGGAGUGUUUGGACACGUGGAUUGAUGAGGGACGCGUCACGUGUCCUUUGUGUAGGUCCAUGUUGUUGCCUCCAAGAGUGAAUCAAAAUCAAGAUUCUUAGUUAGUUUUUUUUUUUUUUUUAGGAAUAUUGUUGUUAUAUUAUGUAUGUCUCUUGCAAUUUUUGGUAUAGAGAUUGACUUGUGUUUA